AUGUGGGUUGCGUUGCUCAUCCUUUCAGGCCUUGUCCGAGCAGCUAUCCCUAAUGCCAUGCUUCGUGGCAUGCAGUCUCUCCCCAAGCUCUCAGCACCUCAACGUUCUGUCAUUUCACCAAAUGGCACAGCACUCGAUAUUACGACUGUUUAUCACUUCGACCAGCUCAUCGACCACGAUAAUCCAGGCCUCGGAACCUUCAAGCAACGAUAUUGGAUGAACUGGGAGUGUUAUAAACCUGGUAUGUCGCGAGGAUCAAGGUGCGCUGCAAGCGAUAUUGACGUGUGCGCCCAAGGCGGUCCCAUUAUAUUGAUGACGCCUGGAGAAGUGGAUGCAGAUGGAUACGAAGGCUACACUACCAACGACACGAUCAAUGGUCUCAUCGCCCAAGAACAAAAUGGUGCAGCCAUCCUCAUCGAGCACCGUUUCUUUGGUUAUUCCAAUCCAUACGACAACCUCAUGCCAAAAUCCCUAGCUCUUCUCACCAUCCAGCAGGCUAUCGAUGAUCUCGUAUAUUUUGCCACCACAGCUGACCUUCCUAUGCCUGGUGGUGAUGCUGUGAAACCAGGUCAGGCUCCAUGGAUAUUGAUCGGAGGAAGCUACUCGGGAGGCCUCACAAGUUGGACGAUGGUCAACAAACCGGAAAUUUUCUGGGCUGCAUAUGCAUCUUCUGCCGUCGUAGAAGCCAUCACCGACUUUUAUGGUUAUUUCACACCUAUUCGCGAGUACAUGCCACAGAACUGUUCAUCUGAUGUACAGGCAGUGGUUGCAUACUUGGAUGAGAUGUUCGCGGUUAAUGACACCGCUGGAAUUCAGACGCUCAAGGAAACAUUUGGCCUCGGCGAUGUUGUACACGUAGACGAUUUCGCCAGUGCACUCAUGUACACCUUGUACGAGUGGCAAUCUCUGCAGCCUGAUGUUGGCCCAGGAGCAAUGUUCUUCCAGUUCUGUGAUGCACUCGAGGUUGAGAACGGGGUCAGUGCCGGACCUGAAGGAUGGGGACUCGAACACGCCAUCUACUCUUGGGGAAACUUCUGGAAUACCACAUACUACAACUUUGUCUGUGGACCCGAGGAUGCUGAGUGCAAUCAAGUCGGAUGGUUCCAGGUUGGCCCCCCUGAAGGCCAACCUGCAAUUGUGAGCCGCAUCCUCCAACCCAUUUACGACGAGCGCCAAUGCGUGAACAUGUUUCCUGAAGCGUUUACCCAUCCACCUCAACCGACCACUACACAGACUGACACGAUGUAUGCCGGUUGGAACGUGAAUGUUCCACGUCUCUUCUUCGCCAACGGCCUGCGCGACCCUUGGCGUGAAGCAACUGUCUCUGCUGAUGGACUGAAUAAGCCUAGUAAUCCCAACAUGCCGAUCUACGAGAGCAAUGGAUUCCAUUGCUCAGAUCUAAUCACGGAGAAUGGUUACGUAGACCCGACCGUUGCAGUCGUGCAGGAAGCAGCAUUAAUGUACAUGAAGGAGUGGCUUGCUGAGUGGAAGCCUAAUGCUUGA